CUUGAAGGUGCUAUUUUUAGCCUCCGCAGUUGAGUGACGGUACGGUGACAAGUGAACUUCAUGACAAAACAAAAGCCCUCCGGGACCGAGAAGAAAAAGAAAGAAGACAGCAAAGACGUGAAGAAAAACAGAGAAGCAGAAUCAAGCCAACAUGACGUAAGGAAUUCCCCGUCAUGUGGUUGAGAGGUUGUAACAACUGUGUGAAAGAGAAGGUGGGGCCACAGUGCGGUUGUGUGAGCCCGGGGACCCGACCCAAGCGUCCCAAAGUGUUGCACACCAAGAGCGGCAUCCGACCGGCGAAAGCAGCGGGAAUGGAGAACAGCACCGGGAGCAAAAUGACUCAAAGUGGACGAGCCUUAUUCACAAGGAAGUUACUGGUGGUCUCAGACGUCCUGUGCCUAAUCCUAGUUUCCAUCCCGUUCUUUGUAAGUGAGCUAAAGAUGGUCCGACCAUACAGCAGAGGUAUUGAAUGUGGAGACACCAGUAUCACCUACCCAUACAAGCCAUCGGAGACUGUAUCAGACACACUGCUCAUUGUUGGCGGUAUCCUGAUCACAGGCAUCUCAAUCACUUUAGGGGAAUGGUACCGUGUGCGCUACCUCGGUGUCAGGUCCAAGGGCUUCGUCAAGACCAAGUAUGUGUCGUGUCUCUACAAGGAAUGGGGCUCCUUCUUAUUUGGCUGCUCCAUUAGCCAAUCCCUGACCAGCGUGGCCAAGCUGAGCGUCGGCCGUCUGCGGCCACACUUCUUGUCGUUGUGCGGUGUCACCUAUGAGUCACUCAGCUGCAAGUCAGGAACUUACUUGGCUACUGUCAAAUGUCCCAACGCUGACCCCAGCAAAAUGGAGGAGGCCAGGAAAUCAUUCUUCUCUGGUCACGCCUCCUUUGCGAUGUACACAAUGCUGUAUUUAGUUUUUUAUCUUCAAGCGCGGUUGACAUGGCGUGAAGCUCGUCUGCUGAGACCCGUGCUGCAAUUUUUCCUGUUUCUGCUGGCCGUCUACACAGGUCUGACCCGCAUCACUGACAAUAAGCACCACCCGUCCGACGUCCUGUUCGGCCAUAUACUUGGAGGCCUCACUGCAUACCUGGUGGCCUUCUACAUCUCUUCCAUGUUUAAGAGACCCAGCUUGAAUCAGUCUCAAGUUGAGACCCAAGAUAACCACUUACAGCAUACUGCAACAGCUGCUAAAUUUCACCUACACCAUCCCGCCCAGCCUGGCGCAGAAUCUACCAGUGUGGAGACUGUGUGAAUCUGAAGAAUGUGACACUGUUUCCUGCUAAGUACUACCACAUACCUCUAUAUUUUGCACAACAUUGUCAGUAAAGGCAUGUGACAAAUUGAAUGUGACUGAAAAUAGUACACGGCAAAAAUGAACAAUUUUUCCCUCUUUAAGGAGUUUAAAAAUUAUUGUGAUGAUAUUUCAGUGCAUGUUUGGAAGGAUAGCGUCAGUUGUUGUCAGGGAAACAAUGGAUUACGUAUAUCGUUUUUGUAAAGGCGGACCAGCCAGAAUACGCCACAUGCUCUGUGAGCGUUUGCCUUAUUCAGAGGUGUCUGCCAUUCUUACACGAGCUUUGCUGUUCAUUUCAAUGAGCAACACAGUGUUUGUUUCAAGAUAUGAUGUUAUAACAUUUUGUUAGCGUUAAGGCAGUAUUUUACCGUCAGGCUGUCGUUUGCUUCUGAAGUGGUCUUAAUGCUGCCUAGUUGUAUUUAUUGCAGAAUUUAAAAUGGAGAACACUUCACAGUUGUACUAUAAGAAUGUUAUGUAUUUUUGCUCGAAGUCACGUUCACUCAACCUUUUGACUCACUUUAGAUGACUGGGUCAGUCACCAACUACUAUUUGUAAAGUAUAUGUAAAUUUACAGAUAUUUCAAGUGAAUGUGUCACAAAUUUUUCAUUUGUAUUUUCUUUUUCAAAUAAAACACUAUAAGUCUAAAGAAGAAUUAAGAUGUAGGAUUUUGUCGAAUUGGAAUGACUACAGAAUAUUGAGCUUUUUUGUUGUUGUUGUUGUUGUCUUCCGUGUGUUUUACAAUACUGUAUGCUUCCAGGAUGCAUAACAGUUCGAGAUUUGACUUUUUUUUUUUUUUUUUUGCAUGUCAUCUUUUAA